CCACCACUGCCACCACCGGCACCGGCCCGCCCAGCCCCCCGGCCAUGGCACCCCGCGGGUCGCUGCUGCUGCUGGCGCUGCUGCUGCUGAGCAGCGCCCUGCCCCGCGGCCGCGGCCAGCACUGGUCCCACGGCUGGUACCCGGGGGGCAAACGGGACCUGCGGACCCCCACCAAGCUCCAGGUCCCGUCCCCUCUCGGGCGCUGCCGUCUCCUCCCGUGUCCCCUCCGGCGGGAGGAGCCGCUGCCGCCGCCCGCGCCGCGCCCCUGAGCGGAGCCGCCGACCCCCGCGGGAGCGAGCCGGG